CGCGCGCGGCCGCAGGCUGGGAGUUGGAGCGAGGGCGGUGGCUGGGACCUUGUGCACGCGGAGCAGGCAGGACCAGGGCGAUGCUGAGGGUGAGGUGUCUGCGCGGCGGCAGCCGAGGUGCCGAGGCGGUGCACUACAUCGGAUCUCGGCUUGGAGGACUCUUGACAGGAUGGGUGCAGCGAACUUUCCAGAGUACCCAGGCAGCUACAGCUUCCUCCCGGAACUCCUGUGCAGCUGAAGACAAGGCCACCGAUCCUCUACCCAAGAACUGCCCCGUCUCCUCUUACAAUGAAUGGGACCCUUUAGAGGAAGUGAUAGUGGGCAGAGCAGAAAAUGCCUGUGUCCCGCCAUUCACGGUGGAGGUGAAGGCCAAUACAUACGAAAAGUACUGGCCAUUUUACCAGAAAAACGGAGGUCUUUAUUUUCCCAAAGAUCAUCUGAAAAAGGCUGUUGCCGAAAUUGAAGAAAUGUGCAAUAUUUUGAAAAUGGAAGGCGUGACGGUGAGGCGGCCUGACCCCAUCGACUGGUCGCUGAAGUAUAAGACUCCGGAUUUUGAGUCUACCGGUUUAUACAGUGCGAUGCCUCGAGACAUCCUGAUGGUUGUGGGAAAUGAGAUUAUUGAGGCUCCCAUGGCAUGGCGUUCACGCUUCUUUGAGUACCGAGCAUACAGGUCACUUAUCAAAGACUACUUCCACCGUGGCGCCAAGUGGACAACAGCACCCAAGCCCACCAUGGCGGAUGAGCUGUAUGAUAAGGAUUAUCCCAUCCAUUCUGUGGAAGACAGACACAAAUUGGCCUCCCAGGGAAAGUUUGUGACGACCGAGUUCGAGCCAUGCUUUGAUGCUGCUGACUUCAUUCGAGCCGGAAGAGAUAUUUUUGCUCAGAGAAGCCAGGUUACAAACUUCCUGGGCAUCGAGUGGAUGCGUAGGCAUCUUGCUCCGGACUACAGGGUACACACCAUCUCUUUUAAAGACCCCAAUCCAAUGCAUAUCGACGCCACCUUCAACAUCAUCGGACCUGGGCUUGUGCUCUCCAAUCCUGACCGACCGUGUCAUCAGAUUGAUCUUUUCAAGAAAGCAGGAUGGACCAUAGUUACGCCCCCAUCACCAGUCAUCCCCGAUGAUCACCCCCUCUGGAUGUCAUCCAAAUGGCUUUCCAUGAACGUCUUAAUGCUAGAUGAGAAGCGUGUCAUGGUAGAUGCCAACGAAGUUCCAAUUCAAAAGAUGUUUGAGAAGUUGGGUAUCACUACCAUCAAGGUUAACAUUCGAAAUGCCAACUCCCUGGGGGGAGGCUUCCACUGCUGGACCUGUGACGUCCGGCGCCGGGGCACCCUUCAGUCCUACUUUGACUGAGUGGGCAUGGCGUAGCUUGGAGCACGGCCUCAGAUAUACCUAAGAAGCGUAGCAGCAAGGCCCAGUCUCUCGCUUUAAUAAAUGCAUGGACUGUAGUGCUUUGAACAAUCACGUCUUUAACAGGGUUCCCAGGCCUGGGUCACUUUUCUUUGACACAAGGAAGAUUACUCUUACUAGGUUCACGUUCUUCUCCUAAGUUCUUUACUGUUUGGCUUCAAGCAUAAAAGCUGAGUAAAAGCAAACCAAGGCAAAAAUUAGUCACUUGAGUAACUUGGCCACUAAUAUUUAACCAUCUACCUCUGUUUUUAAUUUUUUUUUCCAAAAGGCAGCUUGAAAUGUCAGUCCUAACCUUAUUUUUUCCCCUUUUUUGGUGGACUUGUGACUGUUCAUAUCACUUCUUUUUUGCUAAAUGGGACAAAGACUUAGGGGAAAACCCCCCCACAGAUCCUAAGUAGAAUCAGAUAUUUGUCACUUUUUCUAGAAAACAAAUUUGGGUAGUUUUUUAAAAUUUUUUUUAAAAAAGAAUCCUGACUAUGCAAACACUAAGAACAAAUUUCCCAUGAGCGCUUUUAACAUUCUGUUGCUGACAUUUGGUCCUAAAAUCUCGUCCUACAGCUUACCUCAUCUCAAGUGGGUCAUUCUUGUCUUCUUCCUUUCCAGAAGUUACAGACCUGCUUAGUGUAAUAUGGUAUAACUCAUAGCUCCCAGCCCUAAAUGUUGAUGUUAAGUAUCUAACAGAUAUAAUGGCAUCUUUGGUAAUCUAAGACUUGUUUACAUAUUGCAAAUUGUUUAAAGCAUAGAGCUUUAAAGCAUUUUUAAAAAAACUAAUGCAGGUGAAAAAAAUACAUGAGACGUGAAAUAAUUUUAAUGUUGGAUAUUGUAUAUGUAUUUUUAUUCUAAUAAACUUUUGUGUUCCAGAUUGGAUUUUA